UUUCAAUUGUGUCACCGUGUCACUUCUGCUGAUUGGCCAGUUGCAUGUCAAUAAUGUAUAUAUAAAGCAUAUAUCACUGCUGUUUUGAUGUCACACAGACAAGUCUUUCAUACUUUUGGCAUAAAGAUCAGAGCCGCUCUUCUCGAGAACCAUGAAAUCUUUUCUCAUUGUUGUCUGUGUCUUUGGACUCUGCUGUGCCGUGCUAGCAGAGGAUGAAGAACUUCGAGAGAAGCGCUCAUCAAGCCGUUCCUCAGAGAGACAGCCUGGAGGCUUCUACAACCCAUACCAAUUUCAGCGUCCCUAUCCCUACCCGUACUUUCCCCCUUACCAGCCCCAGCCUCUGCCACAGCCUUUGCCUCAGCCUCUGCCACCAAACAACAAUGCUCUCCUCAGCCUCUUGCCAUUCAUCUUAGCACAGCUGGCAUCCAACACCCCUGCUCCAGCACCGGCCCCCGCACCUGCACCCGCACCCGCACCCGCACCCGCCCCGGCCCCUGCACCAGCCCCUGCACCAGCCCCUGCACCUGCACCUGCCCCAGCUCCUGCUCCUGCCCCUGGUGGGAGAUAAGACAUCCAUUAAAACUGAGCAUGUGUCUGAUUGACUUGAUACUCUUGUUCUUGGUAUAUUAAAACAA